AUGAAAGCUGUUCUCUUUCUAUUGAAGGAGAAGGACGUUUCCUCAGUAUGUGGCUCUACCUGGCAGCCCUGGUGGGCCUGUACUACCUUCUGCGCUGGUACCGGGAGAGGCAGGUGGUGGGCCAACUGAGAGACAAGUACGUCUUCAUCACGGGCUGUGACUCGGGCUUCGGGAACCUGCUGGCCAGACAGCUGGACAUGCGAGGCCUGAGGGUGCUGGCUGCAUGUCUGACAGAGAAGGGAGCUGAGCAGCUGAGGCGCCAGACCUCAGACAGGCUGGAGACAGUGACCCUGGAUGUCACCAAGACAGAGAGCAUCGUGGCCGCUGCCCAGUGGGUGAAGGAGCUUGUGGGGGACAGAGGACUCUGGGGCCUGGUCAACAACGCAGGCAUCUCUUACCCACUUUGCUGCAGUGAGUGGCAGAAGAUUGACGACUCUGUGAAUAUCCUGAACGUGAAUCUCAUUGGUUUGGUGCAGGUGACCUUGAAUAUGCUUCCCCUGGUGAGGAAAGCCCAGGGGAGGAUUGUCAAUGUUGCCAGCAUUUUAGGAAGAGUUGGUUUCUUUGGAGGACUCUACUCUAGCUCCAAGUAUGGAGUAGAAGCUUUUUCGGAUGUUCUGAGGCGUGAGCUUCAUCAUUUUAGGGUGAAAGUCAGCAUAAUUGAACCUGGCUACUUCAAAACAGGAAUGACAGACAUUCAGACAUGCUUAGACAGAGCGAAACAAGCCUGGGAAGAAGCUCCUGCACAUGUUAAGGAGGCCUAUGGACAGCAGUAUUUUGAUGCCUAUUACAACAUCACCAAACAAGGACUGUUGCAGUGUAGCACAAACCUGAACUUGGUCACCGAUUGCAUGGAACACGCUCUGACGUCUGUGCAUCCGCGAACGCGAUAUUCGGCAGGCUGGGAUGCUAAGUUUUUCUUUAUCCCUCUAUCUUAUUUACCUACAUCACUGGCAGACUACAUAUUGACUAGAUCUUGGCCCAAACCAGCCCAGGCUGUUUGAAAAAAGCUGGCUUGGUGUCUCUUUGAAUGAAGAAGACAAAAGUCUGAAAUUGGUUGUUAGUGUCUCAUAAUCCUUGUUUAGAACCUAUGAUUUUUGAAACGAUAUGCUUAUCUAUCUAAAUGCAUUUAUCAGACAUCAUCAGAGAAACAACACGUUUGACUUUAGGUGAUACGUUUGUACUAUUAUAACCAUUUUUUGAUGAGAAUAUUUUCAAAAUACAUAGUUCUUCCUUGCCUUAUUAAACUGAGUAGAUUGAAAAGAA